AUGAGCGACCGAAGGAGCAGCUCGGGGCGGCGCAGCAGCGGCUCGUCGGCCGCGAGCGAGGCGGCCGCGGAGCCAAAGGAGGAACCUUCCUCCAAGAGCGAGAGCAACCCGCUGUGGCCGAGCGGGGUGCCGCUCGAGAUGGUGGAGCAGUUUGUGGAGGAGAUUCUCAACGACGCCGACCUCAACAUCCAGUCCAUCCCUGACAGCGUGGAGAAACAAAUCUACCUGUCAACAGUCAAGAUUGCGCUCAACGCCGUGUACAAGGGUCUCUCCUCGUUGCACGGCAUGGACGUCGUUGGCCACAAGAUGAUCGUGCGGCGGCUCGAAUCGCUCGGCGCGGUGAGCGGCAUCGUGCGCGAGGGCCUGGAGCUCGUUGCGGACCGGCUGCUCGCCAAUCCUGCGGUGAACCAAAAGCUAGUGCCCGAUUUCGUGGAGCGCAAGCUGUACAUCAACUGCCUCCAGCUUCUGUUCCGCCUCCUCGACUCGCUCGCUGCUACCUUCCGCAUCACCGUGUGCGGCCAUGACGUGCGCGUGAGCUUCGAGGCCAUCAAGGACGAGAACGGCAAGAGCAUCUCUGUGGAGGAGCGCGCGCAGAAGCUCUCUUCGUCGCUGACUCCGCUCGACCUCGACGCCUGGUACGAUGUCCUCGGCAAGGGCCGCCGGGCGCUGGUGUCGCGUCUCCACACGACGCUGUACGCUCUCGUGCUGGGCAUCAUCGACGACUUCCUCUCGAACACGGUGCUCACCUUUCUCACCGAUCGCAUCUCCUUCGACAUCGUCCCGCGCAGCGCCUAUGGGGGCGACGAGAGUGGCGGCCCGAGGGACGUGGUCGAGCGGGACUCUGCCGACGCCUUCACCGUGACCAUCGAGGCGCCUGGGUUGCAUCCAGAGGACCUGGAUGUGUCGCUGGAGGACGGCGUCCUCUCGGUGAAGGGCAACACGGAGGUGGACAGCGAGGGGAACAAGGAGAAGCUGGUCGAGACACGGACCGUCUCGCACGAUAUCUGCCUGCCCUCGUCGCUGUCGAUGAUCGACGUGUCGGCGAUCGAGGCAACGACGGAGAAUGGCGUCCUGCGCGUCGUGGUGCCCAAGAUGCUGGGGAGCGUCAAAAUCCCGGUCCGGGACCGGAAGCUGCUGACCCUCGCGAGCGGCUCGCGAGGGCUGUCGCUGACGGAGAGCGGGAUGCGGAAGCGGCAGCUGGACAAGGGAGACCCGUCCGCCUCCGGCGCCUCUCCCUCUCCGAUGGGCGGAGGAGCCCAGCUGCUACAUCUAUUGAAGUACGAGCUCGCGUACCUAGGGGUGCUCCGGCCCGAUCGCAUGUCGAUGUUCCUCGCCGUCGGAGUGGUCUCGCUCAACAACCUCCUGAUCCACACGCCAAAGCUGGCCGACGCCUCCGCCAGGCUCGUGCCGUGGCUCUUUGUGUCGACGGCGGACCACCUCGAGCACCACCGGAGACUCACGUCGCACUACGCGGCGCCGACCAUCUCCAUCGACCGCCUCCUCGCUUGCUGCUUCGGCAAGCCCGCCCGUGGCUGGCGCCCUGAGGCGGCAAUUGGUGGCGUGGGGAGUGCGGAGAACGCUACUGGCGGCGCGACAGGGCCUCUCUCGAGGGCGCCGGCCGCGUGUAAGAAGUGGCUGGCGGCCUGGCGCCCUGAGGCGGCAUUUGGUGGGGUCAGCGUGCGGUCUCAAGAUAGUGACAAGAACGCGAUAUACACAAGAGUGUCGAUGCUCGAUCAACGAUCACUCUCUCACUGA